AUUACAGAAUGAAUGGAUUUUCCUAUCUUUCUUACAUCCUCACAGGAUCGUGCAGAAAGUAUUGUCCUGAAGGUCCUCAUCUCUUUCAAAGCCAAUGAUAUUGAGAAGGCAGUGCAGUCGCUGGACAAGAACGGCGUUGAUCUGCUAAUGAAGUACAUCUACAAGGGCUUUGAAAGCCCUUCUGACAACAGCAGUGCUGUGUUGCUGCAGUGGCAUGAGAAGGCCCUGGCUGCUGGAGGAGUAGGGUCCAUUGUCCGUGUUUUGACUGCCAGAAAAACGGUUUAAGUCCAGCAAGAAAGGGUUGUCUGUCACCCACGGCUGUGGGAAACGCUGGUACAAAAACCAAACAACCAAAUGCCAUUGCUGCCCUGUGGGCAGCUUCUGUCUCUCAGCUUGCCUUCUCGCUGCUUCUUUCAUAUCUGACAAAACGCAUAUCUUGAUCUUUUUGUUGAACUCUGGAAAAUUAUGAAGGUGCAAUUUUAUUUCUAACAGGAAUAUUUGGUACUCAAGAGCAUUUUGGUGACAUGUAUAGCUACAUACACAACUUCAUGUUCAGGAGAGAUUGCAUUUGUAUAUAAUUGUGGCAGAUUUGGACCUGACUUUCCAAGCAAAUGCUGAGGGACGUAGGACAGUGUCUUAAUUCUUUUCGCUAUCCAAGCAGUGUUUUGAUGUAAGAUACAUAUUUGAGAAGUGGGGCAGCUAUUACUGUAAGUAACUGGACCGUGUUUCUCUUGGUCAACCUCUAAAACUACAGCAGAGAAUAGUACAGAAGGCAAAGGCUGCCCUCCAGACUUGAUUAUCAUUCCAGAAAGAUGAAUACAUUUUUCUUGGUCUUGUAUCUCAUGGCCUAGUCUGGUUUCUUGUGAUCAGUCAAAUGCGAAGUCCACUGUUGGAAAGUCACAAUUUGGAUUAAAGUGUCUAUUGUGCAAUUUGGAUGGCAGAAUUUGAAAAACUGAUGGGCUGUCUACACUAGAGC